AUGACUGUCAAACUUGGAAAUUCUUCUGGAAUCAAAAAAAUCGAGAGGACAGACGAGACAGUUUUCCAAGCUCGAUUUGGAUUUGUAAGUUUUUUUUGGAUUUUGUGGAAACUACUGUAGCUUUUUUUGAUAUACUGUAGCUUUUAAUUUAUCGAUUUUUUUUUGCAGUUCAAGAGCUUUCUAAAAAAUUCCCUCAUACUCUGCAUGCUUCUUCACACUCUCGUUAUGGUUAACAUAAUCAACAUGGAGGAUCUCGACAACUAUAAACUUUUCAAUCUACUCUUCCAAAUUGUCAGCCUUGUCGCAGUGCUUCUCGAUUUUUGGCCGAUUAUGAUUGUAUUUUUUGCAAAAUUAUUUUAUUUUCUUUGUUUUGGGCUUCCCGCUUUUCUUGAAUACUAUACUCCAUUGGAACUCGAAGAUCUCAAAGGAAGUUAUUCGCUGAUUUCUACUGUCAUCAUAAUGUACAUAUAUUACAUGCAGAUCUGUUCUUUACACAUUUAUGAAGUUGUUUGGGAAUGGUAUGAAAAAACUUGGCCGAAAUCAACUGCUGUGGAAUUGAAACAACCUCAACUAAAUAUUGUUUGA